AUGCACAGGUUAGAAGCGGUGCGAAUGGAGUGGGAUGCCAACCGACCCGAGCAAGCCCUGUCUGUUAUGGCCAAGGGUCUGCAAGAGUGUCCCAAAUCAGCGCUUUUGUGGUCGGAGAGUGUGUUUUUGGAGCCUAGGCCGAAGCGGAGAGUUAAAAGCGUGGACGGAAUCAAGGCAACAAAUGGGGCAGCGCUUGCGGUAUUGGCAUGCGCAAG